AUGAAGAAAAAAUUGAUUCGCAAAAACAAUGAGAGCACUCUAUCGCAGGCCUCAACUGUCAGUUCGCCGUCGGAUGUGAUGUGUUUGUAUCGAAAGGAUGGCAUCAGUGAUAAUAAUGCAGACAACUGUGCCAUCAAUCAGAUCCCAGCCCUUAUUCGUGGCCUUAUAUUUCAAUUCAAUGAUCUGGAAAUGCGUCGAUUGAGACAAUUAUUCAACUCAACGGCUAUUAUAAAGGACCCGAUUGUAGAGAUAGCGUCGGAACCGAUAUCAGUGUCGGAAAUCUACCAUCGUUCAGACAAUGCAGCCAUCAUGAAAUUAGAUGUAUUAAAGUGGGGCACAGAGAAUGUAUAUGGAUUUCAAAAGGAUUUUAUGUAUAAACUCAACCAAGAGUAUAAUCAAGACAUGAAUCUAUUGGAUUUGUUGAUAGCAAUUGUAUUAUUCAAUCCAAAUCGUUCUAAUAUAAUACAAAAAGAUCUAAUUAAACUUCAAAGGGAAACAUAUAUUUAUUUACUUAAACGAAGUAAAACACAACUCGAAAACAGAGGCAGAGAUACGGUUCACAGCAUUAAUGAAUUGUCUGCAAAACGUUUAAGUUUCGGUGCCCUCACUUGUGAAUCGUGUCGAGUAUUCUUUCGUAGAAAUGUCAACAGAAUUCAGGGAUUUUUUUAUACAAACGAAGAAAGGGAACAAAUGGUUAAAUAUAGUGACAAAAAGCAAACGGUAAACAAUAAAAUCACUACUAUUUUGAAGACAUCGACUCCCAGUGGCAUCAAUUGGGUGUUAGAUAUGAUAUCCGGUGUUAUAUUUGAUUUAAACGAUAUGGAAAGGCAUCGAUUGACACAAUUGUUUAAAUCAACCGCUUUUAUAAAAGACCCGGUCGUGAGGCCAACAUCUGAAGCCAAUACAAUACCCGAAAUCAUACGAGUGUUACGAAUGAGAACUGAAAUACAUUGUCGGCGUAUAAUUAAAAUGUGUAAAACAAUGCCUGAAUUCACAGAAUUGUGCGAAAACGACAGAAUAAUACUCUUAAAGACCUGCUGUCCAGAGAUUAUAUGCCUAACGAGUGAUUCAAAAUCAGCUGUUAGAAUGGACCUAGAUGUUUUAAAGUGGGGCAAAUUAAUUAACAUUUGCAAAGAAAAACGAGUUCCAAUUCAAAGUUACGGCGCCUUUACUUGUGAUCCGUGUCGGGUAUUCUUCAGCAGAAAUGCCACCAAAACUCAGGAAUUGUUUUGUCGUUUCGACGGACCCAAAAACAGAACUUAA